GAUACUUCGAUUUUUUAAACUGCCACUGAAAAAUAAAUUUGUUUAAAAGUUUAAAAUUAUGUUUGAAUAGAGAGAAGAUAAUUGGACGGCGCAAUAAAUAUAUCAUAAUUGAGAUCAUUUGUGGAGUGUAAAGGGAAAAUGGCGGUCGCCGCUCCGAAGAUAGCGGUGCAUCUGUACCUAAACAAUCCGUAUGGUUAAUUAGUGCAACUAUCCCACAAUACACCAUAAAUGAAGUCAGUUUAGAUGGAAAGAAAUCUGAAUCAGUAUCACCCGACAAGAAAGACGAAGUUCAAUAUGUCAGUCCAACUGUUAUGGAGCCUGUUGGAACAUUUAAAGACACCAAUGAUGGGGCAAAUUUUAACAAACGCAGAAAGCCUUUACCGGAUAUCCACGACAGUAAACGAAACUCCCCUUUAAGUGAUACGGGAUCGGUGUUCUAUGAUAAAACACCUCGGAAAAAUUAUCCACCUAACGGAAAAUCUCCUGAACUAGUACAGAGUUGCCCUCAGCUUGGAUUCACUUGGUCGAUAAACCUGGACAAGCGGGAAAGAGCCUUUGUUCCUAGACAACCACCAUCGAAAAAUCUGCUUGAAAAAUUAUGCGGACCGAAGUCGGUUGAGCCAGUGGGAAUCAUUAAACUGAAAAGAAAAAUGAUCUCUCCCAACAACUACCUAAUACACCGGAUACGACUGGAAGAAAAGGGACAGAGAAAGAUGUCGGAGAAGCUCUCGGAGUGGCUUGACCAGUACACAGAAGUCAGUCAAAAACAACAGGAGUACCUGAAACGGAUUUACGACCUCCGCCGAGGACUCGAACAUAAUGACAAACGCGUCAUAUCUACGAUCGACAAAAUGCGAGGCGAACAUAAAUCAAAAUACCGUAGAAAGUACCCUCUUUAUUCUCUCACGCGCAUGGAGGAGGCGCAAGUGAAUCAAGGUCCCGCCCCUUUUCCGAACAGACCGUCUUUAUUUCAUGACGACAAACACGGAAUUCCGAGGCUAAAAAUAGCUCCGCGCACAUCUCCUCGAAAAUUGGCGCCAAUUGUCACGCGCGUUGCAACGGACAAAUAUAGUAGGAACUUAGAACCGAUCGGGGUCCAUCAGUUGACACCGAGACCGGAAAUGGCAUCCAUGAAAACGGAAUAUGAAACUUUUGAAUCAAUAGCAAAGAGAAAUAAACUUAAUUUGACCCAGUUUUUCAACUCCUCAUUGAGCCACAGGCGGACACACCAAAGAUUACCUAUGAACGUAUCAACGGUUACAAUUUUAGAAGAAAAACAGGAGGAUUUGGAGGCUAAAGAGUUUAUAACUGAUUUAUCAUCCCGGAAACCAGUUGUUAUAAAUACGACAAAGGAUCAGAAAUAGGGAUAUAAAAAAAUCAUUACCAUGAUAAACGUGCCUUACUAGUACAUGUACUUUGAAUAUGGAAAUAUUCGUCGUUAAUGAGGCGGGAUUUUUAAAUGUUUAAAAUAAGAAUCAGAAUAGUGCCGUCAGUCUGUAUCAAAUUACAGAAUGGCCUGAUUACAUUGGCAAGUCAAUAUUGCAUUUAAUAAUAUAUAACCAGUGUUGUGAGUGACGUCACACUUUCGCCAACAUUUGUAAUUCACGUGCAUAUUUGACGUCUCAGAUGCCUGUCGUAGACAAGAAUCGCUGAGGGGAUAGGGGUUGCGCACAGCGUAUACCACAAGUGGUUUUUGUUGUGUUAUUUUACGAUAAUAAAUAUAUCUACGCUUCACUUCAAUGAAAUUAUGCACGUUAUUCACGUGAAC